AUGGAUGACCUUGGAACAAUCCAGAACUUCAACUCUCUCCGAGCCUUGCGUACCCCUAGUGCUCACCCUGAAGGUAAUCAUCACAACAUCAGCUUUCAGCUUGGUGCUUCCCACAAAUUAUGGAAUAUUGAUCAAAACAUCCUAACUGCUCAUUUUGGUGAUCCAACAAAGACAAACGACUCAGGUGCAUGGCAUUACUUACAUGCUCUUGGUAUUCCUUCAGAUAAGGAUGUUCCAAAGAAAGACUUUGACCAGAUGAUCAAUAAUAUGGAAAAAAUACAUGAGGCAUCCAUAUUCCAUUGUCUUUGUGUUAUAAUGGGCACCACUUGA